CCCCGCCAAGCGCUGCGAUCGCCAUGCGGCUGCGUCCUGGCGCUCUGCUGACCUUCCUGGCGUUACCCAUCUUCCUGACCUUUGUGGUGCCACGGGGAGACAGGAGCACCCUGCGGCCAGAAAGACAAAAACACUUCACUGCGAGGCAAGCGGAAGGCAGUGAUGCCGGCGUUUCGACGAAGGAAACCAAGGGCAAAACUGUCGCAGAGUCGCUCAAAGUAGCAGAGAAAGCAGACGAGAAGGAGAUGAAUAUCUUUGAAACCGGAGCUUUGGGAAUCAUGGGCGCCGCCAUUCUGCUGGGCGGCGUGCUGGUUGUGGGUGUCCUGGGAGGCCGUUUUGGGAGAUGG